UGAAUGUUGCCUUGCACCCUUGAGAUAUACUGCGCGAUCUCAUACAGUUCCGUGCUCUGCAGACAAUAACAUUGCGCCAGCCUCCAGGCCAAGCUCGCCAUCACCCUGAAUCCUCGACUCUCCGAGCUGUUUGCUCACCCCCGCGGAGAUGGCCUCGCCAGCAGUCGCCUCUGCGCUCCAGGACGUACAAUCCGCCUCGACCGCCGACAAGCCCGCGCAGUACACAUCAAUCCUCCAACAAAUCAUCGGCUCUGCAGAUAACCUCGCCGAGAACCUCAACGCAUACGCACAAACCCUCCUCGACGACUCAAUAGGAAUAGUCCAGCUCCGACCGCUCCUCGCUGCCUUCGCAGACGCCUUUGGCCAGGUGAAGAAUCCAGAUGUCAAGAUUGAAGUUGGCGAGAGAGUCGUCACGUUGUUGCAGUCAAAGGGCGCUGGACAGUACGAGGAGCAGGACACAUCAAUCAAAGAGGCGCUGGCCGACGCAUAUGAGGCCAUCGACGACUUCAGGAAGUCGGCGCAGAUACUCGCGUCAAUCAACCUGGAGUCAACACAGAAGUCCAUAACUGCAGACGACAAAGCAAGAGUAUGGAUCCGGAUCGUGCGGUGCUACUUGGAAGAGGAUGACCCAACAAGCGCCUUCUCGCAUCUGAAUAAGGUCAAGAACAUCAUCUUCAGUGUCCAAGACAAGGAAACGCGGAUGCACUUCCAGCUCAGUCAAGCUCGUAUCUACGAUGCCCAGCGCUCCUUCCUCGACGCAGCAGCCGCAUACUAUGCAAUGAGCCAAGAAUCGCUGGUAGACGAGGAGGAGCGCCUGUCGUCACUAGGAGCUGGCAUAAUCUGCACGGUUCUCGCGCCAGCUGGCCCACAGCGUGGUAGGAUGUUGGCCAAGCUGUACAAGGACGAAAGGGCCAGCUCGCUGCCCGACUACCCCAUCCUCGAAAAGAUCUUCCUCGACCGUCUCCUCUCGCCCGCCGAGAUCAAGGCUUUCGCUACUAAGCUGAGUCCACACCAGCUCGCCAAGACUGCGGAUGGGUCAACUGUCCUCGACAAGGCGGUUCUCGAGCACAACCUGCUUGGCGCAUCGAAGCUGUACAACAACAUCGGGUUUGAUCAGUUGGGAGAGCUGCUGGGCAUUGACGCCGAAAAGGCGGAGGACUACGCGGCCAAGAUGCUGGAGCAGGGUCGUCUUUCGGGGCACAUUGACCAGAUUGACCGGCUGAUCUUCUUUGAGGGCGAGGCCAGUGGCGAGCGGAAAACGGGGCAUGCAGAGCGCGUGGUGGGCAAGGAGCUGAGGAAGUGGGAUGCGAACGUAAUGGGCCUUGCUGAGGAGGUGGAGAAGGUAACGACUAUGAUCCAGAACCAGUAUCCAGAGUUCUAUGCCUCGCAGGCUGUGGCCUGAGGUAGGGUAGAGUAUGAGCGAACACGAACUCACAAUCCAACCGCACUAGCCCAGUGGCUGCGGAGGUCGAGCAGAUGGUGUCAAUGUGGGUAGCAACAGACCACGACUGUGCGUAGAAGAAGCAAGCCAAGCAGACAUCGUGACAGGUAGCAAAGAACUUUAGAUGUAUGAACGACCUUCAUGGUACACGACAAGAAUGAAGAUACGAUUGAUUCAAUUCGGAGUCUCUUGCAGUAGAUCUCGUAGUACAAACAUUUCACA